AUGAACCCAGAAGGGUCGCCUUAUCCAUCGCAGCCGGGAUUUACAAAGCCGAUUUAUCCGAAUCUUCCACAGCCAGAUUUUUCGCAACCACCUUAUCCGCAUCCCACGGCUCCAGAAGUUCCUCCACCGCCUCCAUAUACUUCGGAGCCACUUCAGACCACUGCUGAACCUGUUGUCACUCUAGUUCAGCCAGCCGUAAACUAUGGCCCUGAAUCGAUGCAUGUCACUUGUCCUCAUUGUCGUGCUGAAAUUUCAACGAGAGUUGAAACUGAACCAAACUUGAAAACUCACAUGAUUGCAUUGCUACUCUGUCUUUUCCAAUGCUGGUUCUGCGCUCCUUGUGUUUAUUGUGUAGACGGCUGCUUGGUGAAGAAACAUUACUGCCCUGGAUGCGAGCAAUAUCUUGGAUCCUGUGAAAAUUGAUAAUU